CAUGGAGAAUGUCACACUUUAAAUUCGCUGCUAUCAUUUCAUAGUUACAUACACCAAAAUAACUGCGUGCACUGAGUGUUAAGCAUAUUCGCAAACGUGCAUAUAAUUAGGUAAACUGUGCGUAACUUCACUCAUAAAUCAGCUGUUAGCCUCCAUCCAAGCAAUUUUUGUUUAAACAGAAGAAGAAGAAGACAAAAUUUGUUAAAUGGAAAAGUCAGCAAAAAUGGAAAAAGUGAAGGCGUUUUAUUUAUUUAAUAGCAUAUUAGAUGAAUUGUUGGAAAUUUCUUCAUCGGAAGAUGAGGAUGCGAUGUUUACAGUGUUAUUUGGUCGAAAUGAGAAACAUCGCGUAAAACAAUUUGUUCAAACUGUUAUCCAUAAUUAUUCGGACAUUGAAUUCAAGACGAAUUUACGUAUUAGCCGGGAUAGUGCUAAUGAUUUAAUCCAGAGGUUUUCCACAAUUUGCGGCAAAAGAUCAUACCAAGGCGGUAGACACCAAGUAUCUGCGGAAGCCUCAAUACUAUUAUUUUUGUGGUUUAGUGGAAACAAGACCACAUUACGAGAAGUCUCAAAUCUCUUUGACCUGUCACUUUCAACAACCCACUCAUGUAUAAAUAAAGUUUUGGAUUUCUUGGUGAAUGAUGUGGCACCACAAGUUAUUAAAUUUCCAAGCACAAACGAGGAUAAGGAAUAUGUCGCCAAAGAAUUUGAAAAGAUAUCUGGAGUUCCAAAUGUAUUGGGUUGCAUAGAUGGAAGUUACAUCUCUAUAAGGACACCCAAACACAAAAUCCGGUCUACAUAUGCUAACAGACAUGAAUUUGUUUUUUUAGCAGUUAAAAUAGCUCUAUUUUAAAGUCUGCUCUUGUAUUUUAAGUAUUUUGCCUGCCAUUACCUCACUUAUGUCUACGAUAUGACAAUAUAUAGCUUUAAUUGUUGCGGCAAUUUUAAGAUAUAAUUCAAGUCCAAAAAAGUAAAAAAAAAAUGCCCUGGUGGUUUCAUAUCUAAAUGAGACAAUUAUGAAUUUAAAACUUUUUUUAAUACCUUUGCAUUAUAAUUGCUGCCAUUUUUAAACCGCUAAAGAUAUUGACAUGAUUG